AUGUAAACGCAUUGCAUCGACAGUCAAACAACAUAGAGUUACAUAGAUAGGUAUUGAAACAACACCAAAAUAUCGACACACACGAGCCAACAACUAGAAAGCAAUUCUCUUUUUUUUUCGUUUGAACUUUUUACGGCAAAUUUUUAGAGAAAAAAAAAGAAAAAAACACAUACGGGAUUUAUGGUUAAAUAGUGCCUGUGUUGUGGUAAAUUCGAUGUUUUGAGAAUAAUUUGUUUUAAAACGACACACCGAAAUCAAACCAUUGAAAACAAGCAAAAUUAUUGGAAAUGAGUUGGGAAAAAAUUUGAGAGAGUUUUUUUUUUUGCUAUUCUGUGCUUUGAAGCACUUUAAAUACACACGAAGCAAGCAUACCACACAACAAGGUUUCGGAGUAAAAGUGGAAUUUUUCAUCGUGUUGUUUCAAUAAAAUCUAUUGAAUACUAAAUUACUCGGUAUAAAAUUCGUAUCUUAUCAUUCCAAUCGUUUGCUGGCUGCAUUAAGCCAAUUAACAGAAGAAAAACAGAACACACACACACACACACACAUCUUCAAGUAAGUACGGGUUUUGUUGUUCAAGCGGAUGAGUGAGAAAGAGAGAGGGCAUUAAGAAAGAAUUGAAGAAACAAAAAUUACUCAAGAUUUGUACACCUUUAAAUGGCAGAGAACUUUCCAAAGGAUUUAUCAGAUUUAUCAAAGCCAAUAUAUUUGCUCAUUGUCUGUGUCAACAAUCGCAAUGGCAAAGCAAUGCCGAUUUUCAGGUGGAAAUCCAACACACGACAAAACAACACGCAUAACAAUAACAUUAUACAAAAAUAUGCUAAUGAACAUAUUUUACACAUGCAUCGCGCAAUGAACGACAGCCAGUUCACCAAAGUAAAGUGGUUUUUGUUGAUACUUUGAUGAAUUUGCACGGAUAAAACCGAAAAUCUAUAUGAUCAUUCCAUGCUAGACGAAUGAUUCAACAACAAUAAAUCAUGUAUGUGAAUGACAGGAAUAGAUUUUAUUGUGUUUUUUAACCUAUCUAAAUGAAUAGAUGGCUAAUAUUUUCGCUUCGAAAGAGUCCAUUUGACGUUACUUCUCAGCAAAGUAGCAAUCAUUUUCCAACGUUUUGACAAAAAAAAAAAACGAAAUUAUACGGCGUUUCAAAGCAGGAAAAAAAAAUGAAGAGUAAAUAAAAGGGCCUUGUGAAGGUGAUAUUGAACUCGUGCGAAAGGAACGAAAGAAGAAAAAACCAAUAAAGUUCCAUCCUAGUGAUGAAUCCCAUUGAGAGAGAAUUAUGAAUUUGUGGUGUUUUCAUAAAUGUGUUGGAAAGAAACCGAUUGGGAGAAAAGGUCAAAAUUGAUAACAUAACAUCAACUAACAACGAUGGAUUACAUAGGUUACAUUACAUUGUAUACAUCAAUAAAAUCGGUAGAUUAAAAAAAUUUAUUGCAUGUAUAUUUGUGUAUGAUGUCUGACCAUAAAAUGCAUCGAAAAAGUCAUCGUGUCGAUGUGAUUGAUUACGAGCGCAAAGUGCACUCACUGAAAAAUGUCUGGGCAAAAAACAGUGCCACAUUUCUUAGCAUGCCAUUUAUUUUUCUUCUUCUUUUUCAUUUUUUUCUUCUCUACACUUUGAUCUAUUCACAUUUGUAGUUGUUCCACAAUUCAUUGCCUUCAAUACGUCUCUUUCUCUGUCGUUGCUUACACACAACUACCAGCACUUGACUUUUUGAUCGUAAACUCUAUGUUAUUAUUAUUAUUCUGAUUUCAUUUAGUUGGAUUGAAAAAUUAUAUAUUUGAUGUAGUUUGUCACGAUUGUUGGCCAUAUCGAACGCAACGCAACGAUAAGUUUAGGCAUCUCUUUCGCUCGCACAAAGAAUACGCUUCUUGUUUUGGUUCGCAGUGUAUAAGGUGCAUGUUAUUUGUUUACACUCAGCUAGAAACAAGCAACACAGCCAGUUGAACUUCGAAAUAGCGCGUUUUGUGUUUGUGUCUCUGUCUCUCUAUAUAUAUAUAGUAUUCAGUGACACAUCAGCACAUUUGCACACGAAAAUCUGGACCGCAUCAGUACUAAAGACAUUGACAGACUCCGAAAUUUACAGAAAAAAAAAAUAAAACAACAUUUAUUUCAUUUUGCGCACGAACUUGUUGUAUGUGAGGUAAAGUUUAACAACAACGAGAAUUAAAAAAAGACGGUGCAAAAAUAAAACCGAAAAUAUUUUAACGAAACAUUGGAUAGACAAUCAAACAAAGAACUCAACGAACCAGCUUGUUUCCGAAGAUAAAUUCAGCGAAUGAUCCGUAGAUUCGAACAUUGCUCGUUACAGUAUUAAAUUAUCACUCCGAGGAAUUGUAACAGUACUUGCAGUCGAAGACGGUAAUCAUUUUCGUUUCGUUUCUUUGUAAAACAUCAUUUAAUUUAGAUCAGUUCUUGAUUGAACCAUUCAUUAUUGCAUCUCUGCCAGAUCUAUUCAGUCAAUCAAUGAAAUUUUUUUUUAUUCAUAAAAAGAAAUCCGAAAAUUUUGACAAUUCUCUUCAAAUAAAAAAAAAAUUCGACAUUUAAAAAAAAAAAUUGUGAGUUUCCAGCUUUGCGCGUAGAAUCAUUAUCGUCUUUUUUGACAAAAUCUAUUUGUGUUACAAUAUUUCUCGGCAGAACGAAUCACAUUUUGUGAUAACGAACCAUUUUUUUCUUUCUGCUGUUGUUUUUGUAAAGGCCAACCACAACUCCAUUUUGAAACCAGUCAAAUUCAGAAUAUUUUUGUGACCGAAAUUAUUAAUAAGCAAUUGUUUCACACAAGAAUUGAAUAGUCCAUCCAGAUUGGAAUUAAAGUGAAUAGCCGAACGUAAAUUGAACGAGAAUCGUUUCGUUGAUAAAUUAACAAGUUUUCGAUUAGAAGUGAUAAGCCGUUGUGAGCGACAAACGUUAAAUUAAAAGGAACACAAAAUGGGCGACGAAAUGGACGAAUGUGCAUGUUUUUGGAGUCAUGAAUUUGCUAUGCGACGACUUCUGGCUUUGCUAAGGCAAGGCCAAACCCAUUGUACAGACACCGAAUGCUUUGAUCUUCCAGUUAUGCCGAAUGGGCAACGUGCUGCUGAGGAUGGUGGCAAUUUCAUGUUUAUGUCAAUAUUGUUAAUCUGUGCUGUGAUACUAUAUUUAUUCCGACCCAAUUCAUUGCGACGAUCCAUACAAGGCAACCAGGACAAGGCUCCGCGACCACCCAGCGACCAAAACGGACCAGAUGGAACACCAGAUGGAACACCGCCGGCUAUUCAUUGACCCAGGAACCUAAAUAGAGCGACAUAAAGACAGAAAACUGAUGAAAUGAGUUCAACCACACAAAAUCAGAGAAUAUCACACACGCACACGCACACGCAAUAUAUACAUAUGUUCAAGUAACAACUAAUCUGAGAACUCGUGUGAUUGCUAAAUAAUUGUUGAAAACAUCAAUUACAAAAGAAAAAAAAGACAAACUAUUAUCAGACUCUUGAUGUCCAGUCCACAAAUCAAUGUUACACAGAAUUAUUCCAUAUUAUUCAAAUGUCGUUUUUUUUUCUUUGUCUUAUAAUUAUUAUAUGUUACAUAUUUAUGGUCGUUAUUGAGUUUCAUUUUGCAUUCAAAUCAAUCCAGAGUUCAAUAAUUAGGCGAGAAAAAGCCAAGAAAAAAUUACUUACUGCACAGUAAAAUGGCAAACCAUUUUCAAAUAAUAAAAUGAAUCUCAAUGAGUGAAUGUUGUCGCAUUUAACUACCUUGAAAAAAAAAAUCAAAAUCAAAAUCUUUAAUAAAAAUUUGAUCUACACAAAAAAGGCCUAGUGAUUUUAGAGCACAGCCCAAUUUCGAGUAAUUACAAUGAAUUUGAAUUUUUCUUCUUUUCCUUUUGGAUUGCACAUACAACUAAAAUCGCAGAAAAAAAUGAUUGUAAAUCUUUAUUAAUUCAAUAAAAUUAGUGAAUUUUAUUAGGGUAUAAGUGAAUUUCCGAAAAAGAAAUUGCCAAAUACGGUCAAUUUUUUAAACGGUUCGAAACGAACACACAUCAUUGCACCAAAAUUAUCUGUAAUUUCAUUGAGGUAACGCGGCAAAUAGGAAGUUUAUGGAUUAAAAUCCAUGUUUCUAUUGCAAAUUGGUUCUGUUUAAACCGAAAAUAAUGAUAACAAUUUGUUAUUGAAUAGAAGAAAUGAAAAAAGAAACAUUUUUUUACCUGCACACACACCCACACUAUGUCCCCAAAGUCGAUUUAAGUCGCAAUAUAUAUGUAUAUGUUUCAUGUCUUAUUGCACGUUGUCCGGUGUUUUGAUGAAUUCAUGAAUAAACUAACCGAAGAAUUAUUAACGAAAAAA